AUGGCUCCUCCUAAUUUCGAGUACGACUUUAAGGACUUGGCGGGUAACUUUCACGGAAAGUCUUCCUUUAACUCUGGACUCUAUAUCAAUGGAGAAUUCGUCGAGGGUGUUGACAAAACCACCGUCGAAAUCGUCAACCCCGCGACCGGGAAACCCCUCAGCAAUAUCCCAGCUGCGACCGACAAAGACGUCGAUAUAGCCGUCAAAGCCGCUCGAGAAGCUUUCGAGACACGUUGGGGAACCAAAGUCCCUCCUACCGAACGUGCAAGACUUUUAUUCAAGUUGGCAGAUUUGAUCGAAGCGAACGCUGAUGAACUUGCCGCGUUGGAAUCUUUGAAUAAUGGAAAGGCGUUUGCAAUCGCUAGAGCGGUGGAUCUGCAGGGGGCCAUCGAUACGUUUAGGUAUUAUGCUGGGUGGGCGGACAAGGUUCAUGGGAAGACGAUCGAAGUGAACGAUACCAAAUUUGCUUAUACCCGCCACGAGCCUAUUGGAGUCGUUGGUCAGAUCACGCCGUGGAACUUCCCCCUCUGGAUGCUCUCAUGGAAACUGGCCCCAGCCCUCGCAACAGGAAACACGAUCGUCUUCAAGCCCUCGGAAUGGACUCCUCUCACAGCCAUCCGCGUGGCCUCCCUCAUCGAAGAAGUUGGGUUCCCUCGGGGUGUUGUGAACAUCCUGACUGGUAUAGGGAACACAGCUGGGGCGGCCAUCAGCGCACACAUGGGGAUUGAUAAGGUUGCGUUCACGGGGAGUACGCUCGUGGGGAGACAUAUUUUGAAGAGUGCAGCAAACUCGAAUCUAAAGAAGGUUACGCUUGAGUUGGGCGGAAAGAGUCCUGCUAUUAUUUGGGAUGACGCUGAGUUGGACACAGCUGUCUCAUGGGCUGCCUUCGGUAUUGGAUUCAACCAUGGACAGACAUGUUGUGCUGGUUCGCGAGUGUUUGUGCACGAGAAGAUUUACGAUACUUUCCUUGAAAAGUUCACGAAGAAGUUGAAGGAGAUUAAAGUCGGUGAUCCGUUCCAACCCGAUACUUUCCAGGGGCCACAAGUCUCUGAGACACAAUACAACCGCAUCAUGAACCACAUCAGCAUUGGUAAGAAAGAAGGUGCUACAGUUCACCUUGGAGGCGAACGCCACGGAACGGAAGGGUUCUUCAUCCAACCAACUAUCUUCACCGACGUCAAGCCCGAAAUGACCAUCGUCAAAGAAGAAAUUUUUGGACCUGUCGUCGUCUUGGCUAGGUUCAACAAUGAGGAAGAGUUGAUUAGAUUGGCGAACGAUAGUGUUUAUGGGUUGGCAGCUGCUGUGUUUACGAGGGACGUCAGCAGAGCCAUUGGGAUUACGAAUCGCUUGAAGGCCGGGACUGUUUGGGUUAAUUGUUAUAACCUUUUGGAUGUCAACGUUCCGUUUGGAGGGUAUAAACAGAGCGGCAUCGGACGUGAGUGUGGAGAGUACGCUCUGGCGAACUAUACCGAAGUCAAGGCUGUUCAUAUCAAUCUUACCGGUCAGCCUCCGAUCUAA